UGUCAGUUUCCUGUUCCGGAGGCGCGGGCGGCGCCACUGUCUUGGCGGCUGCAGUGUUAGCCUGGCUUUUCUUCUGACGGAGAUCUCGCGGCCCGAUAGCCUUUUGGCCUGGGACAGUGCUUUACAUAUACCGGCUCCUUAAACAGUGAAAAGUUCUGCCUUCUGUGUGGUCUCCAUAAUGCAAAUCUAUUGUGAGACAAUAAACAUUUAUUCAUCACCUACUGUGUGCAGGAUGCUCUGCCAGGGGCUGUGAAGGAUACAGAAAUGACUGUGAAUCAACUCAUGUCAUCAAGGAGCUAGUGGAGGAGUUAGACAUGUGCACACAUGACUAUAAUAUGAGGCAGUCUCUGAGCUUAUAUUCUCUAUGGAAGAUGUAACAUAUCUAGACAGUACAUCAUGAUGCAAGGCAAUACAUGUCACAGAAUGUCGUUCCACCCAGGACGAGGAUGUCCCCGAGGACGAGGAGGACAUGGAGCCAGACCCUCAGCACCAGCCUUCAGGCCCCAAAAUCUGAGACUGCUUCACCCUCAGCAGCCUCCUGUGCAAUAUCAAUAUGAACCUCCAAGUGCCCCUUCCACUACUUUCUCGAACUCUCCAGCCCCCAAUUUUCUGCCUCCACGACCAGACUUCGUACCCUUCCCUCCACCCAUGCCUCCAUCAGCACAAGGCCCUCCCCCCUGCCCAAUCAGGCCCCCUUUCCCCAACCACCAGAUGAGGCACCCCUUCCCAGUUCCUCCCUGUUUUCCUCCCAUGCCUCCCCCGAUGCCCUGUCCCAAUAACCCCCCUGUCCCCGGGGCACCUCCCGGGCAAGGCACGUUCCCCUUCAUGAUGCCUCCCCCCUCCAUGCCUCACCCCCCGCCCCCUCCAGUCAUGCCACAGCAGGUUAAUUAUCAGUAUCCUCCCGGAUACUCGCACCACAACUUCCCACCUCCCAAUUUUAAUGGUUUCCAGAACAACCCCAGUUCUUUCCUGCCCAGUGCUAAUAACAGCAGUAGCCCUCAUUUUAGGCAUCUCCCUCCAUACCCACUCCCAAAAGCUUCCAGUGAAAGAAGGUCCCCAGAAAGGCUCAAACACUAUGAUGACCACCGGCACCGAGAUCACAGUCACGGGCGAGGCGAGAGGCAUCGGUCCCUGGACCGGCGGGAGCGAGGCCGCAGUCCUGACAGGAGGAGACCAGACAGCCGCUACAGGUCCGAGUAUGAACGAGGGAGGACGCCAGCCCGCCACCGCAGCUACGAGCGGAGCAGAGAGCGAGAACGGGAGAGACACAGGCAUCGGGACAACCGAAGAUCACCAUCUCUGGAAAGGUCCUACAAAAAAGAGUAUAAGAGAUCUGGAAGGAGUUACAGUUUAUCGGUUGUUCCUGAACCUGCUGGAUGUACACCAGAAUCACCUGGGGAGAGUAUUAAAAAUACAGAUUCUUGGGCCCCACCCCUGGAGAUUGUGAAUCAUCGCUCCCCAAGUAGGGAGAAGAAGAGAGCUCGUUGGGAGGAAGAAAAAGACAGAUGGAGUGACAGCCAGAGCUCUGGCAAAGAUAAGAACUAUACCUCAAUUAAGGAAAAAGAACCUGAGGAGAUGCUGCCUGACAAAAAUGAGGAGGAAGAAGAAGAACUUCUUAAGCCUGUGUGGAUUCGAUGUACCCAUUCAGAAAACUACUACUCCAGCGACCCCAUGGAUCAGGUGGGAGACUCUACUGUGGUCGGAACCAGUAGGCUCCGUGACUUAUAUGACAAAUUUGAGGAAGAGCUGGGGAGCAGGCAAGAGAAAGCCAAAGCCGCCAGGCCUCCGUGGGAACCACCGAAGACGAAGCUCGAUGAAGAUUUAGAGAGUUCCAGUGAAUCUGAGUGUGAGUCUGAUGAGGACAGCACCUGUUCCAGCAGCUCGGACUCCGAAGUUUUUGACGUCAUUGCAGAAAUCAAACGCAAAAAGGCCCACCCUGACCGACUUCAUGAUGAACUUUGGUACAAUGACCCAGGCCAGAUGAAUGAUGGACCACUCUGCAAAUGCAGCGCAAAAGCGAGACGCACAGGAAUUAGGCACAGCAUUUACCCUGGAGAAGAGGCCAUCAAGCCAUGUCGUCCUAUGACCAACAAUGCUGGCAGACUCUUCCACUAUCGGAUUACAGUCUCCCCUCCUACAAACUUUUUAACUGACAGGCCAACUGUGAUAGAAUACGAUGAUCAUGAGUAUAUCUUUGAAGGAUUUUCCAUGUUUGCACACGCUCCCCUGACCAAUAUUCCACUGUGUAAAGUAAUUAGAUUCAACAUAGACUACACGAUUCAUUUCAUUGAAGAGAUGAUGCCUGAGAAUUUUUGUGUGAAAGGGCUUGAACUCUUUUCACUGUUCCUAUUCAGAGAUAUUUUGGAAUUAUAUGACUGGAAUCUUAAAGGUCCUUUGUUUGAAGACAGUCCUCCCUGCUGCCCAAGAUUUCAUUUCAUGCCACGUUUUGUAAGAUUCCUUCCAGAUGGAGGAAAGGAAGUGCUGUCCAUGCACCAGAUCCUCCUCUACCUGCUACGGUGCAGCAAGGCCCUGGUGCCCGAGGAGGAGAUUGCCAACAUGCUUCAGUGGGAAGAGCUUGAGUGGCAGAAAUAUGCAGAAGAAUGCAAAGGCAUGAUUGUCACUAACCCUGGAACGAAACCAAGUUCUGUCCGUAUCGAUCAACUGGAUCGUGAACAGUUCAACCCCGAUGUGAUUACUUUUCCGAUUAUCGUCCACUUUGGGAUACGCCCUGCACAGUUGAGUUAUGCAGGAGACCCACAGUAUCAGAAACUAUGGAAGAGUUAUGUGAAACUUCGCCACCUCCUAGCAAAUAGUCCCAAAGUCAAACAAACUGACAAACAGAAGCUGGCACAGAGGGAGGAAGCACUCCAAAAAAUACGACAGAAGAAUACAAUGAGGCGAGAAGUAACAGUGGAGCUAAGUAGCCAAGGAUUCUGGAAAACUGGCAUCCGUUCUGAUGUCUGUCAGCAUGCAAUGAUGCUGCCUGUUUUGACCCAUCAUAUCCGCUACCACCAAUGCCUAAUGCAUCUUGACAAGUUGAUAGGAUAUACUUUUCAAGAUCGUUGUCUGUUACAGCUGGCCAUGACUCAUCCAAGUCAUCAUUUAAAUUUUGGAAUGAAUCCUGAUCAUGCCAGGAAUUCUUUGUCUAACUGUGGAAUUCGGCAGCCGAAAUAUGGAGACAGAAAAGUUCAUCACAUGCACAUGCGGAAAAAAGGAAUUAACACUUUAAUAAAUAUUAUGUCACGCCUUGGCCAAGAUGAUCCAACUCCCUCAAGGAUUAACCACAAUGAACGGCUGGAGUUCCUGGGUGAUGCUGUUGUUGAAUUUCUGACCAGUGUCCAUUUGUACUAUUUGUUUCCUAGUCUGGAAGAAGGAGGAUUAGCGACCUAUCGAACUGCCAUCGUUCAGAAUCAGCACCUUGCCAUGCUAGCAAAGAAACUUGAACUGGAUCGAUUUAUGCUGUAUGCUCACGGGCCUGACCUUUGUAGAGAAUCGGACCUUCGGCAUGCAAUGGCUAAUUGUUUUGAAGCAUUAAUAGGAGCUGUUUACUUGGAGGGAAGUCUAGAGGAAGCCAAACAGUUAUUUGACGCUUACUCUUUAAUGAUCCAGCAAUGUGAUGGUUUUCUACAAGAGCCAAAUACUGAUCGACAACUUAUUGAAACUUCUCCAGUUCUACAGAAACUUACUGAGUUUGAAGAAGCAAUUGGAGUCAUUUUUACUCACGUUCGACUUCUAGCAAGGGCAUUCACAUUGAGAACUGUGGGAUUUAACCAUCUGACCCUAGGCCACAAUCAGAGGAUGGAAUUCUUGGGUGACUCCAUAAUGCAACUGGUAGCCACAGAGUACUUAUUCAUUCAUUUCCCAGACCAUCAUGAAGGACACUUAACUCUGUUACGAAGCUCUUUGGUGAAUAACAGGACUCAGGCCAAGGUGGCAGAGGAGCUGGGCAUGCAGGAGUAUGCAAUAACCAACGACAAAACCAAGAGGCCGGUGGCCCUCCGCACCAAGACCUUGGCAGACCUUUUGGAAUCAUUUAUUGCAGCGCUGUACAUUGAUAAGGAUUUGGAAUAUGUUCAUACUUUCAUGAAUGUCUGUUUCUUUCCACGAUUAAAAGAGUUCAUUUUGAAUCAGGACUGGAAUGACCCCAAAUCCCAGCUUCAGCAGUGUUGCUUGACACUUAGGACAGAAGGAAAAGAGCCAGACAUUCCUCUGUAUAAAACUCUGCAGACCGUGGGGCCAUCCCAUGCGAGAACCUACACAGUGGCUGUUUAUUUCAAAGGAGAGAGAAUAGGCUGUGGGAAAGGACCAAGUAUUCAGCAAGCAGAAAUGGGAGCGGCAAUGGAUGCACUUGAAAAAUAUAACUUUCCCCAGAUGGCCCAUCAGAAGCGGUUCAUUGAACGGAAGUACAGACAAGAGUUAAAAGAAAUGAGGUGGGAAAGAGAGCAUCAAGAGAGAGAGCCAGAAGAGACUGAAGACAUAAAGAAAUAAAGGAGGGCACGGAAGUGGUGGCGUAUUUACUUCCUCAAUAACUGUGACUGUUACCCAUUGAGACCUAGCCUAGUUUUCCUACAGACCAUGAAUGAAGUGUGCUCAUUGAAAUAAAACACAAAGUCAAAUCGCUAUUGUUGUUUUAUUGAUCUGCUUUUAGCUGGAUGGUCUUUAUUACAAAGUAUUUGAUUUCUUUUUAAUGGAAAACUUCACGUUGGUGGAUGUGCAUUAUUCCCUUUUAUUUUGCUCUUUAAACAAUAAAAUUCAAAAAGCAUA